GUGACACUUCACUAGCAUCUUGCGCUCACAAGUUGCUACGAGCGAACUCAUCGAAUCAUAUCUUGACAGCUGCGCAUGCGCACCCUCUGCUGUAUAAUAAUGGCUGCUGCAUGGCCAACAACAGCGCUGCGCGCCGUCCUGGGUGGUUCAGGUUCCGCAAUCAUGCACGAGCCGGCAAUCGUCGACGCCGUCCUCAAGCUCACAAGCAAGCCGGCGAAGGAUUGCCUCCUGUGCUACCUCGGCACGGCGACGUACGACCUGGCCGCGAACCGCGAGAAGCAGGUGAGCGGAUUUCGCAGUCGCGGCGUCGCCGUCGAGGCGCUGGACGUCGCGCGCAUGCCACCGACGCCAGGAGCCGUCGAAGCUCUUUUGGCGCGCGCUGACAUCGUGCUGGUCAGCGGCGGAAACACACUGUUUGCGGUGGACCGCUGGAAGCGCUUCGGCUUAGACGAGGAGCUGCGAAAGGCGGCGGCGCGGGGAUGCGUGCUAACCGGCGGGUCUGCGGGCGCCAUCUGCUGGUUCGACGCCGGCCACAGCGAUAGCGCGGACCCCGAAUCCUACGCGGACGCCAUGAUCGCAGGCGGUUCUGCCGAGGCGAGCACGCAGGGCGCGUCCGGCAGCGACGCAAAGCCCUGGGAGUACAUCCGGUGCGGGGGGCUCGGAGUCUUGCCCGGAUUGUGCUGCCCGCACCACGACCGGACACAGUCAAACGGCGUGCUCCGUGCGGACCUGUGUGGAAAUCAACCAGUGAGUCGGGUGCACUGGCUCCGGGUGAGGAACCGACAUCGCCACGCCAUCGAGCAGGUGUCGCGUCGAUGGCGUGGAGGUCGACGCGGCGAUUCAGCACGAACGCGCCGUAAAUUUGAUUUCCACACAAGGCGCCGACGACUUCGACGCGAUGAUGCGCCGGCACAACGGGGAAACGGGCGUAUGCAUCGACCACUUCGCGGCGCUCGUCGUCGACGGCGCCGACUACUCGAUUCUGUCUUUAGAAGGCAAGCCAGGGACGGCGCUCGCCGACCGCGACGUUCCGAACUUUACAGGCACUGGAGCACCGUGGAUAUGGCUCAAGCGCGUCGAGGGCGAAAGCGUCGUUGCUACGCGUCUAGCGCCGCGCGGACGCCUCGCCGACGCGCUGACGCCGGCGACGGCAAUCGUCGAGGACCCGCGCGUCGAGGCGGCCCGCGCGGCGAACCCGUCGGACGUGGACCGGCCUUAAAUCUCUACUACUCUGUGUGA